GGCCCGUUAGUUGCUGUGAAGGCAGUCAAUCUUUUGGUCCGUUAUUCCACGAAUUUGGAGGCUCCGGUUAACAGGAGUGGAUUUCUGAAGGCAAAGUCACUGAGCUCAUUUCAAUGCAACUGUGAUGGCUGCUUGUUCCUCUUCAUAUGACAGCAACUCCAGUGAUACCGAAAACUGCGAACAAAGGACGACCGGUCGGCCCCGCAGACUUUACAGAUACUCCAUAGCCCAGUCACGCGUGUCUCCACUGGAGGCCCAACUGGAGAAGAUGAGCCUGCAUGGAGCCGGCAGAGGGCUGGACCGGUCCCAUGACCGCCGGCGUUCCGCCGACCGCUCCCGGGACUCCUCCCACGAGAGGGGAGAUGGCCAGCUGACCCCCUGCAUCAGGAAUGUCACCUCUCCCACCCGUCAACAGCUCGGAGACCGAGACAGAGAAGCUGAUUCUUUGUCUAGGUCGACCAGUCCCAGGUCACGGAAAUCCUGUCCCUCUACGGUCCGUCUGACAUGUCAUGAUGCCCACGGUAAAGGGCACGGCACAGCUGACGCCACCUACGUCUACGAAAAUGCCAAGGAGGGCAACCGCACCAUCAGGUCGUCGGAAAGGGUCACGCUCAUCGUGGACAACACACGCUUUGUGGUCGACCCGUGUAUCUUCACCGCUCAACCCAACACGAUGCUGGGCAGAAUGUUUGGGUCUGGAAGGGAAUAUAAUUUCACUCGACCCAAUGAAAAGGGAGAGUUCGAGGUCGCCGAGGGCAUCAGCUCCACCGUGUUCAGAGCCAUCUUGGAUUAUUACAAAUCAGGGAUAAUCCGCUGCCCAGACGGCAUCUCCAUCCCCGAGCUGAGGGAGGCAUGUGACUACCUUUGCAUCUCGUUCGACUACAGCACCAUCAAGUGCAGAGACCUGAGCGCACUCAUGCACGAGCUUUCAAACGACGGCGCUCGCAGGCAGUUUGAGUCUUACCUGGAGGAGAUGGUGUUGCCGCUGAUGGUGGCCAGCGCUCAGAGCGGAGAGCGGGAGUGUCACGUGGUGGUGCUGACAGACGACGACGUGGUGGACUGGGAUGAGGAGUACCCGCCGCAGAUGGGAGAGGAGUACUCACAGAUAAUAUACAGCACAAAACUCUAUCGCUUCUUCAAAUACAUUGAAAACCGAGACGUGGCGAAGUCUGUGUUAAAGGAGAGAGGUCUGAAGAAGAUCAGAUUAGGCAUUGAAGGUUAUCCCACCUACAAAGAGAAAGUGAAGAAGCGUCCCGGAGGUCGGCCAGAGGUCAUUUACAACUACGUUCAGAGACCCUUCAUCCGCAUGUCCUGGGAGAAGGAGGAGGGAAAAAGCAGACACGUGGACUUUCAGUGCGUGAAGAGCAAAUCCAUUACAAACUUGGCCGCGGCCGCUGCCGACAUUCCCCAGGACCAGCUGGUGGUGAUGCAUCCGGGACCACAGGUGGAUGAACUGGACAGUCUCCCGAACCACCAACACCAUCCUAACCACCAUCACAGCACACCUCCCAGUCACGUGUACGAACCAGAACCAGAGUCUCCAUCGCCGGCACUCUGACUCCUCCACCUCUACCUUCACCUCCUCCUGUUCUUCUUCUGAUCUCUCACACCUAAACACCAAGCACUGCUGUGAGGAGCAAGCCUGGCAGCCCAAACCACGUUGCCUUUGUUACCUCCUCAAGCACCUUCAAGCCUCAAAAGACCAAUUCUGCCAGACAAGCCGAGGGGCAGAGAGCACACCACACACUUGCCUUCUUUCUUUCUGUCUUUCUUUCUUUUUUUUCCAACCCAAGUAUGG